CUUCUCAGUAUACACAUCUUCUUCGACCAUGGCUACAGCUGGAGUGGUACUUGGGGACCUUCAAUGCUUCCUACUCUAAACGCCAGCGGUACAAGCGUCAUUGUCUCCAAAUGGUAUCGCCGCGGUCGUGGCAUUCAAGUUGGCGACAUAAUCUCGUACAAGCAUCCCAUACAGGGCGAGAUGACGACCAUCAAAAGAGUCAUCGGCAUGCCCGGCGAUUUUGUGCUCAGAGACACGCCCGGCAAGGGAGACGGUACCAUGAUACAGGUUCCUGUCGGUCACUGUUGGACGGUCGGAGACAACCUGGCAGCCUCACGCGACUCAAGGAUGUAUGGCCCAGUCCCUCUAGCCUUGAUCAAGGGCAAGGUCGUCGCUAUCUGGAAUGACUGGCUGGAG